CUGAGCGGAAGCAGCGAGGGGGUUUCCAGUGUGAUCAGCUCAGUCCAACCCGCUGGAUCUCUGACCUGGAUCCUCCGACUUCUUCCCCACAAACCCUCGGAUUCUGAACCUCCACCAGCGGACCCCGGACCAUGAGGAGCCCAACGAGGACCGGAGGCUCCAGGGCAGCGGCAGCGGCACGUUGACGGUUUGAAUCCCGGGUGUAAUCGGCCAGAGAAGCACCGAACCGAGCCGGGAGCUGAAGUGUGGCCUGCGGAGCAGAUUCAUGUCAUGUCAGCAGGGAGGAGUGCUGAAGGGAGGGAGGUGCAGGUUCCCCUCCAGCAGGCGGCGCCCUCCCUCAUCCAGCCUCUCUCUGCAGCCCCGCCCAUCCCUGCACCCCCCCACCGCCAGCCCAACCCCUGGCCCCCCAACGAGCCCCUCACUCAGCCAGGUGCCCCAGCAGGGUUCCUGCCCCUGCAUGGAGGCUUCAGAGACCACUUCGUAGAGAUUCCAGAGGCCAAGUACUGCUGCGAGGCGUGCAGGCUGGUCCUGUGUCAGCCCCGCCAGACCGAGUGUGGACACCGCUUCUGCCAGAGCUGCAUCAGCGACAUCCUCAGCCGUCCGAGCCCGGUGUGUCCAGCUGACAUGGAGCCUCUGUUCAAAGAUAAGAUCUUUCGAGACGUUUGCUGCCAUCGGGAGAUCAUGGCGCUGAAGGUUUACUGUCGCAGCGAAGCUGCCGGCUGUCAGGAGCAGAUGAGUCUGCAGCAGAUCCCGGACCACCUGAACGUCUGUCCGUUCUUCGAAGUUCCCUGUCCGCUGGGUAAAUGUAAGGAGCGGAUGAUGAGGAAGGAGAUUCCCGACCACCUUACUUGGAAAUGCAAACACAGAGAGAGCACCUGCGACUUCUGCAUGACCAAGAUGCCUCUGACAGAGCUGCAGAAACACAAGGAGACGGUGUGUCCAGCGUUCCCGGUGUCGUGUCCCAACCACUGCUCCUUCUCCUCCCUGCCCCGGAGCGAGCUGUCCAGCCACCAGCAGGAGUGUCCCAAAGCCCAGGUCUGCUGUCAGUUCCAGCGUUACGGCUGCACCGUCAAGGGUCUGAACCAAGACAUGAGGCAGCACGACUCCACCUUUGUGGCCGAGCAUCUGAGGAUGAUGGCCACCAGGAACUGCUUGUUGGAGAACAAGGUGGAGGAAGUAAAGGGAGAACUGAUGGAGAGGUACAAGGUCCUUCCUGCUCUCAGCAGCAGACUGUCAGAGCUGGAGAGCCAGAACGACGAGCUCCGGGACAAGAACCGGCAGAUGGAGCAGAAACUAGCCACCAUGCAGAAACUGAUGAGCUCCCACUCGGAGAAGCUGAUGGAGCUGGAGCUGGAGCUGCGCUCUCUGCGAAUGCUUCGGGACGAGAUGGAGAGCCUGCGGGGGACGCUGGAGAACGUCCGGACCAGGCUCAGCGCUCUGGAGCAGGGCGGACGCAGCGGCAGCGGAGCCACCCACACUCUGGCGUCCCUGGAGACCCAGCUCAGUCGCCAUGACGACAUGCUGAGUGUCCACGAGGUCCGGUUGGCUGACAUGGACCUGCGGUUCCAGGUUCUGGAGACGGCGAGCUACAACGGUACUCUGAUCUGGAAGAUCCGGGACUACAAGCGCCGGAAACAGGACGCGGUGGCGGGGAAGACGCUGUCGCUGUACUCACAGCCGUUCUACACCGGAUACUUUGGCUACAAGAUGUGCGCUCGGGUCUACCUGAACGGGGACGGCAUGGGCAAGGGCACGCACCUGUCGCUGUUCUUCGUGGUGAUGAGGGGCGAGUACGACGCCCUGCUGCCCUGGCCCUUCAAGCAGAAGGUGACUCUGAUGCUGAUGGACCAGGGUCCCUCCAGGAAACACCUGGGCGAUGCCUUCAAGCCCGACCCAAACAGCAGCAGCUUCAGGCGUCCUACAGCAGAGAUGAACAUCGCCUCGGGCUGCCCUCUGUUCGUGUCGCAGAGCGUCCUGGAGACGGGGAGUUACAUCAAAGACGACACCAUCUUCAUCAAGGUGACGGUGGACACCUCCGACCUCCCUGACCCCUGAUGCUGUGACCUCACUGGUCUGAGAUCAGUUCACCAGUCCACGCUUACCGCAGCAAAGGAUGAUGGGAAGGAUCAGUGAUGAUGAAAGCUCGUCGAGUUGAAGGAGACGACCGAACGCACAGGAAGCACCAGGAAGGACUGGGGGAGGGGGAGGGGGGGGCCCUCCUCCCACUGGGGCGAGCUACAGAGAGAGAGUGUGUGUGUGUGUGUGUGUGUGUGUGUGUGUGUGUGUGUGUGUGUGUGUGUGUGUGUGUGUGUGUGUGUGUGUGUGUGUGUGUGUGUGUGUGUGUGUGUGUGUGUGUGUGUGUGUGUGUGUGUGUGUGUGUGUGUGUGUGUGUGUGUGUGUGUGUGGUCACCGCUUCACUGAGGUUACUGUUGUAUUACUGAUGCUGUGCAUCAAAGCUACUUCCUGUUUGUUAUUGGAGGCAUGCUGGGAAAGACUUCACAGUUCCAGUCCAGGAGACUGGAAACCUCAGACAGACCAGUUCUGACCAGUACAGACCAGUCUGACCCAGUGAAAACCGGUCGGCUGUAGCAGCAGCAGGGAGACUGUUGGACCAGUGAGACCAGUAUGGAGCAGUAAACCCAGGGGUUCUGACCAGUUCCAGUCAGACCCCCAGCUUCCAUUUAACAUACAGGACUGGAGAAACCACAGCAGGACCAGGACCUGCAGGGGACCAGGGGAACUGGGACCGGGACCAGCAGGGGACCUGCAGGGGAACUGCAGGGGACCGGGACCUGCAGGGUCAGCCUGUUUGCUUCUUGUUGGGUCUUUGACAUGUCCUACGGUUUUAGACACUGUCAAGGUGGUCUGACCUGCGGUUCUGGACCAGUGGUUCUGGACCAGUGGUUCUGGACCUGCGGUUCUGGACCUGCGGUUCUGGACCAGUCUGUGGUGUCCAGGCUGCAGUGAGACUGGUCCCUGGUCUAGAGUGGACCCCAACGAGAACUCUAAAGAUCCAAAGAACUGAAGCCAGCUGCAAAGCCGGACCAGAGGAAGCGGUUCCAGCUGAAGCUCCGGUUCCAGCUGAAGCUCCGGUUCCAGCUGAAGCUCCGGUUCCAGCUGAAGCUCCGGUUCCAGCUGAAGCUCCGGUUCCAGCUGAAGCUCCGGUUCCAGCUGAAGCUCCGGUUCCAGCUGAUGCUCCGGUUCCAGCUGGAGCUCCGGUUCCAGCUGAAGCUCCGGUUCCAGCUGAAGCUCCGGUUCCAGCUGAAGCUCCGGUUCCAGCUGGAGCUCCGGUUCCAGCUGAAGCUCCGGUUCCAGCUGGAGCUCCGGUUCCAGCUGAAGCUCCGGUUCCAGCUGAAGCUCCGGUUCCAGCUGAAGCUCCGGUUCCAGCUGGAGCUCCGGUUCCAGCUGAAGCUCCAGAUCCAGUGUUGACAGGAUUCGUCCGAUUGUUUCAUUCAUUUGCACAGUUUGAGUUUGAAGUGUUAAAAUAAAGAAGGAGAGAAAAGUUCAUGUUUAAA